UAUAAUUUGGUUUUAGAUGUUUUCGGAGGCGAAAUUCUAGGAAAACUCCCCGCAAGCGGCGCAAACAGACCGAGAAUCUGGCCGCUUUCAAGGCUCCUGGGACGAAGGAGAAACUUGUCGGACAUCAAACAUGAGCUCAGCGUGGAGGAGAGAGACUUUUCUACCUGCUUCAGUGACUUUGGUCUUGUAAGAUGUUUGUUUUCGGAGUGUUUCGAGGCUCAAUGUCGGCGGAGAAAACACAAAGUGGAGCCGCUUUUCGAGGCGGCAGCAGAGCAGCGGGCUGCGUUGUCUCUUCACGGUUCUCAUGUGUGUUAUAAGUCCCGCCUCCCGCUCUGAGCUCCACAAGUUCCGAGGAACGAAACAGCCCGACAGACAUGGCAGAGGAAGCUCCAGCAGCCGCGCCGGCUAAGGCUCCGGCCAAAGCCCCGAAGAAGAAGUCCGCUCCCCGGGCCAAGCAGGACGGACCCAGCCUCCCGAAACUGAUCGUGGCCGCCGUGGCCGAGUCCAAGGAGCGCAAGGGGAUGUCCCUGGCGGCCCUCAAGAAGGUGCUGGCCGGGAAAGGAGUGGACGUGAGCAAGGCCAACAAGCGCAUCAACACCGCCGUCACCAAGCUGGUCACCAAAGGGACCCUGAGCCAGACUAAGGGCACGGGGGCCUCCGGCUCCUUCAAGCUCGCCAAGGAGCCCAAAGCCGCUAAACCGGAAAAGAAGGUGGUGAAGAAGAAGGCUCCCGUCAAGGCCAAGAAGCCCGCCGCCAAGAAGAGCGCAGCGGCCAAGAAACCCGCCGCCAAGAAACCCGCAGCAGCGGCGGCAGCAGCAGCCAAGAAGUCCCCGAAGAAGGCUCCGGCCAAGAAAGCGGCCAAGAAGCCCGCCAAGAGCCCCAAGAAGGCCGCGGCCAAGAAACCCAAGGCCGCCGCCGUCAAGAAGCCCAAGGCCGCAGCCAAGAAAAGUCCAGCAAAGAAACCUGCAGCCAAGAAGGCCGCAGCGAAGAAGGCCAAGAAAUAAACAGCAGCUUCAGCUUUUUACUCACCAAAGGCUCUUUUAAGAGCCAACACACAUUCUGCUGAAGAGCUCGUCCUUUACUUUGACUGACCCCACAUUCUACUUCAUACACGCAGCUUCAAAACUUUUACACCGAUUUAUACCUAUAUGGCUUAUUAAUGAAUUAAUGUAGCUGCCACAUGUUGUACAGCAGUUUAACAGUCAUGGGAUUUCCACUUCUUAGAAAGGAUUCACCUCAUUUGGCUGGAUACCAGUAUAUGUGGAAGACAUCAACUUUCACUCUUUUUCUUCUCAUCUAAUGUCUUUAUGCUACACGAGUCUUUGGCCGCUGCUUAUUACUUCACUGUUCACAAAUGAAUAGAUGGAAAGCCAGCAAAAGGCUCACACAGCGCUCACUUCCUGUCACCAUGAAUCAGGAAAGUCACAAUGUUUAAACAGCCACAUCAUAUAUAAAAUGAACUUUUCAUGUUGAUCCGUCACAAGUUAAAUGGAGUGAAAGUUGGUUCAGAAAUCCCUCACAUGUUCCUCAGCUGCACAA